ACCUAGGGGCGUGGGCGAGCUGGGGUCUCUGAGCUGCCAGGGUGGCCAGGGGCACACAGUAGCAGCCACCGAGGAGCAAGCAGACGUCCGUCCCCUCAACAGCACCUUGCUGCAUGGAGUUGACCACUGAAGGCUGCUGACAUCCCUGGGUCCUGGUUCCAAGGCUCAGCACGCUCUGUCUACUGUCCAUACCAGGGCUGUCUGGGUCUGGGACCCGGCAUUCUGAGCCAUGGAGCGGGGCAGCGGCUGCCCCUGCCUCCUUCUGCUCCUACCUCUGGUGCUGGGGCUGAGUGCUGCCCCGGGAUGGGCAGGUGCACCCUCUGUGGAUGUACUGCGUGCCCUGAGGUUCCCCUCCCUUCCUGAUGGUGUCCGGAAAUCAAAAGGGGUCUGUCCGACUGAUGUGGCCUACCGUGUGUCACGACCUGCCCAGCUCAGUGCACCCACCCGCCAGCUUUUCCCAGGAGGCUUUCCCAAAGACUUCUCCCUGCUGACUGUUGUCCGGACCCGCCCUGGCCUCCAGGCCCCCCUCUUGACUCUAUACAGUGCCCAGGGAGUCCAGCAGCUGGGCCUUGAGCUCGGUCGCCCCGUCCGCUUUCUGUAUGAGGACCAGAGGGGGCGGCCACAAGCCUCCUCUCAGCCUGUCUUCCGAGGCCUUAACCUAGCCGAUGGCAAGUGGCACCAUUUGGCUGUGGCUGUGAAGGGUCAGUCUGUCACCCUCAUUGUGGACUGUAAGAAGCGGGUCAGCCGACCCCUUCCCCGAAGUGCGAAUCCAGUGCUGGACACCCGUGGGGUGGUGAUCUUCGGUGCCCAUAUCCUAGAUGACGAAGUCUUUGAGGGUGAUGUCCAGGAGCUCCUCGUCGUCCCAGGCGUCCAAGCCGCCUAUCAGUCUUGUGGACAGAAGGAUCUGGAAUGUGAGAGGGAGCAGAAAGACGCGCCUCAGAUCCCGAAGCCUCACAGAGCCCAGAGAUCUCCAAAGAAGCAGCCAUCAAGACUUCAUAAACCGCAGAACCAGGAGCCCCAGCGACAGCCCCCUGAGUCUCUCUACUACGACUACGAGCCCCCCUAUUACGAUGUGAUGACUACGGGGACGGCCCCUGAUUACCAGUACCCCACCCCAGGUGAAGAGGAAGGAGUCCUGGAGUCCAGCCCCUUGCCAUUUCUUGAAGAGGAGCAGACAGAUCUCCAGGUCCCCCCAACAGCUGAUAGUUUCCAGGCAGAGGAGUAUGGGGAGGGUGGCACAGACCCCCCGGCAGGGCUCUACGAUUACACCUAUGGCUAUGGGGACUAUCAUGAGGAGACCGAGCUCGGCCCUGCCCUCUCUGCGGAGACAGCCCACUCUGGAGCCGUUGCCCAUGGACCCCGUGGUCUAAAGGGAGAGAAGGGAGAGCCUGCGGUGCUAGAGCCUGGUAUGUUCGUAGAGGGACCGCCUGGCCCAGAGGGCCCUGCGGGAUUGACUGGACCCCCUGGCAUCCAGGGGAACCCAGGGCCAGUUGGAGACCCUGGCGAGAGGGGUCCCCCUGGCCGGGCAGGGCUCCCCGGGUCAGAUGGAGCCCCUGGUCCUCCUGGCACAUCUCUGAUGCUUCCAUUCCGGUUUGGCAGCAGUGGGGGUGACAAGGGCCCCGUGGUGGCAGCCCAGGAGGCCCAGGCCCAGGCCAUUCUGCAGCAGGCACGGCUGGCACUCCGUGGGCCGCCUGGCCCCAUGGGAUACACAGGCCGCCCUGGACCCUUGGGUCAGCCUGGGAGCCCGGGCUUGAAAGGAGAAUCUGGAGACCUGGGCCCUCAGGGCCCCAGAGGACCACAGGGCCUCACAGGGCCUCCUGGCAAGGCUGGGCGAAGGGGCCGAGCCGGUGCUGAUGGAGCCCGUGGGAUGCCUGGAGAACCCGGUGUGAAGGGUGACCGAGGCUUUGACGGACUUCCAGGACUGCCCGGCGAGAAGGGACACAGGGGUGACACGGGCGCUCAGGGCCUUCCUGGGCCUCCUGGCGAGGAUGGAGAGCGGGGUGACGAUGGAGAUAUUGGGCCCCGAGGGCUGCCUGGAGAGUCGGGACCCAGAGGACUUCUUGGCCCUAAAGGUCCACCUGGUAUUCCUGGGCCUCCGGGCAUUCGAGGCAUGGACGGUCCCCACGGCCCCAAAGGGAGCUUGGGACCUCAAGGAGAGCCAGGGCCUCCUGGACAACAGGGUACUCCUGGGACCCAGGGCCUCCCCGGACCUCAGGGUGCCAUCGGUCCUCAUGGAGAGAAGGGUCCGCGUGGGAAACCAGGGCUCCCUGGCAUGCCAGGAUCGGAUGGACUCCCGGGUCACCCAGGGAAGGAAGGUCCUCCCGGAACCAAAGGGAACCAGGGUCCCUCUGGACCACAGGGUCCUUUAGGAUACCCAGGCCCCCGAGGUGUCAAGGGCGUGGAUGGAAUUCGGGGCCUGAAGGGCCACAAGGGUGAAAAGGGCGAGGAUGGCUUUCCUGGGUUCAAAGGUGACAUUGGUGUGAAAGGAGACAGGGGUGAGGUUGGAGUCCCUGGUUCCAGGGGAGAAGAUGGCCCUGAGGGGCCGAAAGGACGCACUGGGCCUACGGGAGACCCUGGACCCACUGGGCUCAUGGGCGAGAAGGGCAAGUUAGGUGUUCCUGGCCUGCCUGGCUACCCCGGACGCCAGGGUCCCAAGGGGUCCCUGGGCUUUCCUGGUUUUCCUGGAGCCAGCGGAGAGAAAGGAGCUCGGGGCCUGUCUGGAAAAUUAGGACCUCGGGGAGAACGGGGCCCCACGGGCCCGAGGGGUCAGCGGGGACCUCGAGGUGCCACUGGGAAGUCUGGCGCUAAGGGAACAUCAGGUGGUGAUGGUCCCCACGGGCCACCCGGAGAGAGGGGUCUUCCUGGUCCCCAAGGCCCCAAUGGAUUUCCUGGCCCCAAAGGCCCUCCGGGCCCAGCAGGGAAGGAUGGGCUGCCGGGCCACCCAGGCCAGAGGGGAGAAGUGGGAUUCCAAGGAAAAACCGGCCCCCCAGGACCCCCUGGAGUGGUGGGACCUCAGGGAGCAGCUGGGGAAAGCGGUCCCAUGGGAGAGAGAGGUCACCCUGGCCCCCCAGGACCUCCUGGAGAGCAAGGACUGCCUGGAACAGCUGGAAAGGAAGGCACCAAGGGUGAUCCUGGUCCCCCUGGGGCUCCAGGAAAGGAUGGUCCCGCUGGUCUGAGAGGCUUCCCAGGAGAGCGAGGCCUCCCAGGCACUGCUGGUGGACCUGGCUUGAAGGGAAAUGAAGGUCCAGCUGGCCCUCCUGGCCCUGCAGGCUCCCCUGGGGAGCGAGGUGCAGCAGGAUCAGGGGGCCCCAUUGGUCCCCCAGGGCGUCCAGGCCCACAAGGUCCCCCUGGAGCGGCGGGAGAGAAAGGUGUCCCGGGUGAGAAGGGCCCUAUUGGUCCCACUGGCCGUGAUGGGGUGCAGGGUCCUGUGGGGCUUCCUGGUCCAGCGGGACCCCCAGGUGUGGCUGGAGAGGAUGGAGAUAAGGGUGAGGUGGGAGACCCAGGACAGAAGGGUACCAAAGGGAACAAAGGCGAACACGGCCCACCUGGACCUCCUGGUCCCAUCGGUCCUGUGGGACAGCCCGGAGCUGCGGGAGCUGAUGGGGAGCCUGGAGCUCGGGGGCCCCAGGGACACUUUGGAGCCAAAGGCGAUGAAGGAACAAGAGGAUUCAAUGGGCCCCCGGGACCCAUUGGCCUCCAGGGCCUGCCAGGACCUUCUGGAGAGAAGGGAGAAACAGGAGACGUGGGGCCUAUGGGACCACCUGGCCCUCCAGGACCUCGCGGCCCCGCUGGACCCAAUGGUGCUGAUGGCCCACAAGGUCCUCCUGGAGGCAUUGGGAACCUGGGUCCCCCUGGAGAGAAGGGGGAGCCGGGAGAGUCUGGGUCUCCAGGCGUCCAGGGCGAGCCGGGUGUGAAGGGUCCGCGUGGUGAGCGUGGUGAAAAAGGAGAGGCUGGGCAGGCGGGAGAGGCUGGACCACCAGGGCCUAAAGGCCCUACAGGCGAUGAUGGCCCCAAGGGGAACCCUGGUCCCGUUGGCUUUCCUGGGGACCCUGGGCCUCCUGGAGAAGCUGGCCCACGGGGCCAGGAUGGUGCUAAGGGUGACCGGGGAGAGGACGGCGAGCCAGGACAGCCUGGAUCCCCUGGUCCCACUGGGGAGAAUGGGCCCCCUGGACCCCUUGGGAAGCGGGGACCUGCUGGCACUCCUGGUCCAGAGGGACGGCAAGGAGAGAAGGGAGCCAAGGGGGACCCUGGUGCUGUCGGGGCCCCAGGAAAGACAGGCUCGGUGGGUCCUGCAGGCCCAGCAGGAAAGCCUGGCCCUGAUGGUCUACGGGGGCUCCCAGGCUCAGUGGGUCAGCAAGGCCGCCCUGGAGCCACAGGUCAGGCUGGGCCCCCAGGUCCUGUGGGACCUCCAGGGCUUCCUGGCCUCCGGGGUGAUGCUGGAGCCAAGGGGGAGAAGGCCCCCAGAGAGUACUGGGUUGACCCCAACCAGGGCUGCGCUCGGGAUGCCUUCCGGGUGUUCUGCAACUUUACAGCAGGAGGGGAGACUUGUGUUACACCUAGGGAUGACAUCACACAGUUCUCCUAUGUGGACUCUGAGGGCUCCCCAGUGGGAGUGGUCCAGCUCACCUUCCUGCGGCUGCUCAGCGUCUCUGCCCACCAGGAUGUCUCUUACCCUUGCUCUGUAGUAUCCCAGGAUGGCCCCCUGAGACUCCGGGGGGCCAAUGAGGAUGAACUGAGCCCCGAGACCAGCCCCUAUGUCAAGGAGUUCAGGGAUGGCUGUCAGACCCAGCAAGGCCGGACAGUAUUGGAGGUGCGCACACCGGUGUUGGAGCAGCUGCCCGUGCGGGAUGCCUCCUUCUCAGACCUGGGGUCCCCCACAAGGCGGGGAGGCGUGCUUCUGGGGCCUGUCUGCUUUAUGGGCUAAGCCCUUUCUGACCCUGUCAACCAAAAGCAGACCCGCCUGGAGUCACACAGCAUGAAUUUCACGCCACCUCCCAUGAAAACCCCUUGUCAUCUAGGGGACUUUGGGCCAGGGCACCUCAAGCCUCAAGUCAGGGGCAACAGCCAGGGGUGGGGUGAACCAGGGGGUGCUGGGACAGCCCAGUGGAAGGGUGGGCACCCAUUAGAGAGCUGAGACUUUUAUUUAAAACAGUUCCCUGUCCCUCCAAAUAAGUGGAAGAGAAAGGACACUGUGUAUUUUGUAUUUAAAAAAGUAAUUAUAUUAAUUAUUUAAAGAGAGGAAAAAAAGUAACAAAGAAGAUAAAGAAAGAAAUGCCCGAAACUCCAGCAGAUACUGGGGACAGGUGCUGCAAGGGUGGGCCAGCACCCCACUCUCCCCUCAGGGUUUUCCUUAGUGCCCGUGGGUGUGGCUUUCUGGGAUGAAUCCCCUUUCUCACAUCCACGGGAUGCUAAGAACGCUGGAACACACACACUCCCCUGCCUCAGGGCUCCAGCUCUCGCUCCCCAGGAAGGAAGUUCUGUGACACACUGUCCCUGUCAGGAAUGGCCUGCCACUUAAGACCAGGCCCCUUCUCGGGGGACACCAGACCAGAGGGCUGUGCGGGGCCUGCCUUGGGCAGGUUAUUGAGAUACUGAAGUUCUCCCAGUGGCUGAAGUCGCCAGGGCUCUGGGCACUGUCCUGACCGCACAGUUUCUUCCCUGGGCACCUCCUCUCCUCCCUGAUGCUGAAGAGAGCUAAUGUCUAGCCUAUGCCAGAAGGGGCUCCCAGGAGCCCACUAGCCCUGCGUCCAAGCCCCUCCUGACUGACGGUUAAAUAAUGUGAUUGUCUCCUCC